AACUGUCAAAAUGAACUUUGUUUCGAAUAUAAAAUAACAUAACCUCAAAAUAUUAAAAAUAAUUUUUACUCCUAAAUAUUAUUUUUUAUUUGAAGAAAAUAUAAUUAUAUUUUUAUUUAUACAUAAAAAAAAUAUUGUUUAUAAAAUUUGACAAUGGCAGCAUUUAAAAGAGUACAGCAAUGGGCUACAUUUGCGCGUACCUGGCACGUAUUUGAUUGUAAGUGGCAGGAUCCCUACGAGUCUGCUGUAGUGAUAAAAAAAUAUUUAAUGGGUUUACAUAAACCCAUAUACCACCCUAUGAAUGAUUGCGGAGAUGUGGUAGUGUGUAUUAACAGUAGAGAUAUCGCAUUAAGAGGCGAUGACUGGCGGAAACGUGCAUAUUUCCACCAUACUGGAUAUCCAGGUGGUGCAACAUGGACACUGGCAUGGGAACUGCAUAAUAAAGACCCUACUAUGAUUGUUAAAAAAGCUGUAUACAGAGCAAUGAAGGGCAAUCUACAAAGGCGUCACACUAUGGAACGGUUACUAAUUUAUCCAGGUGAAGAUGUACCUUAUGAUGUUAUGCAAAAUGUUACAAAUCAAAUCCGACAAUUGCGUUUAGUACCCACAAGACUUGAUCGUAUACCAGAAGAAGAAGUACAAAAGUUCCCCAAAGUUAUGGAAUAUCCUGAAGAUUAUGUGUUGAAAUAAGAUUUUUGUUUUUAAAUAUGUUUUACUUAUAUUAGGUUUAGUUAGUUCUUAAAUAAAUAUAUAAAACAUUUUCAUUUUAUUUUGAAAUAGAUCCAUAGCUACUAGUGCUCUUCCAGUGGUUGAUAUUCGACAGUCGAUGUUUGUCCUAUAUGUAUAAAUUUUGUUAGGGACACAUGAAUUAAAAUUGAAAUCUAAAAAAGUGACUAUUUUUAUUAUAAACUAUUGAGAUUAAAUGCUAAUUUAAUGU